AUGUCAAUGAGUUCAUCCAGCGUGGAACAGCCGUUCACCCCGCCGCACGACCCUCUGGUGGUGGUCAAAAAACAGCUCGGAAUCGGCGGUGGAACUCAGGGUUAUGAUCCCUCGCCGAGUCUGGCCAUUCCACACUGCGUUGGCCCACUCGAGAGCUCGUCCAGUCAAACAGGAGACGAGGGCGCUCACGCUCUCCUCUCCGAGAUCCUAGCCAUCAUCUCCAUCCUGUUUAUCGGGCUGUCCACCAUCGCCCUGUCCCUCAACACCCUGCCUGAGCUGCAGGACACAGACGAAUUUGGACAUGCCUCAGACAACCCCCAGCUGGCCCACGUAGAGGCCAUCUGUAUAGCCUGGUUCACUAUGGAGUACCUCCUCCGCUUCCUCUCAUCCCCCACCAAAUGGAAGUUCAUCAAAGGUCCCCUGAACGUGAUCGACCUGCUGGCCAUCCUUCCUUAUUACAUCACAAUCUUUCUGACAGAGUCCAACAAAAGUGUUCUACAGUUCCAGAACGUCCGGAGGGUGGUUCAGAUCUUCCGGAUAAUGCGUAUCCUGAGAAUUCUGAAGCUGGCACGUCACUCCACGGGGCUACAGUCUCUAGGUUUCACCCUGAAGAGGAGUUACAACGAGCUMGGUCUACUCAUCCUCUUCCUGGCCAUGGGCAUCAUGAUCUUCUCCAGCCUAGUCUUCUUUGCUGAGAAAGACGAGGAUGACACCAAGUUCAAAAGCAUCCCUGCCUCCUUCUGGUGGGCCACCAUUACUAUGACCACGGUGGGCUACGGGGACAUUUACCCUAAGACUUUGCUUGGGAAGAUUGUGGGAGGUCUCUGUUGCAUUGCAGGGGUGCUGGUGAUAGCCUUACCCAUCCCCAUCAUCGUCAACAACUUCUCUGAGUUCUACAAGGAGCAGAAACGUCAAGAGAAAGCUGUGAAGCGUCGGGAGGCACUGGAGAGGGCGAAACGCAAUGGGAGCAUUGUCUCCAUGAACAUGAAGGAGGCAUUUGCCCGCAGCGCCGAGCUGAUGAACGUGGUGGUGGAGAAGAGCGAGAGGCUGCUGACGCAAGACAACCACUUCUCGCCCAGCCACUGGAAGUGGACGCCCAAGCGGGCUGCCAACGCCUCAGAGACCAGCUCGGCACACUCCUUCAACCCUGUGGAGUCCCAGACGGGUUCUCCCAGCAAGGCCAGGGCCUCCAGUCCUCAGGGGCUCAACGCUCAGAAGCUGGAGGAGAUGUAUUACCAGAUGGCCAAGACCCAGUCACAGCCCAACCUCAAUGCCAAAGACAACAGCUCCAGGGCUGGCAGACAGAGGGAUGAGAUUGAGCUGGGGGCAAUCCCUGGAGGUCCAGGGGACCCUAUGCUAGGGGGUCGAGAGGGGGUGGGGGACAUGAAGAGCCUGUCUAGUAUUGACAGCUACAUCAGCUGUGCUGCAGACUUCCAGGAUAAUCCACGUGGUGUCUACCCCCUAAGUCCAGCCUCCGGCCUGGCCCUCCUUGCCCAGGAGACCAGCCGCUUCUCCCAUAUCAUCCCAGCCACGGCCCUCUCUGGGUGGGUCAGCACCAACCCUGGCCUCCAGACCACCCUGGAGCAUGAGUUUUUUUCUGCUGCAAAAAACUCAGUCUCGGACAACACUCACAACUUCAACAAACCUUUGAAAGGUGGCAGCCACUCCUACAAGGUGAAGUACCGGAGCAGUGGAGGGGAGUCGGGGCCAGGACCAGGUCAGUCGCCCAGCAACGGUGAUCCUCUCUCAGGCAUCUCCAUCCUGUCUGACUGCUCCCUGCUCAGCCCGGAGACGUCCAUCUACACCACAGCCAGUAGCAGGACCCCACCCAAGUCUCCGGACAGCUCCACCCUGACCACGGCCCCGACCUCCACCCCGGCUGUCUUCACCUUCCAUGACUCCUCCAUCAGUAAGUACAUUGACGCCGAUACAGAUGACGACGAGCACCUGAGGGACAUGUCGGAUGCCACAAGCCCCUCGGAGUGCCUGCUGGCCGGCUCCAGUGCCCCUAAAUGCAGCCGGAACAUCAACAGUGGCUACAACCAUAGAGGCAUCAACCACCUGGCAUCAAGCACCACCCAGCGAAUGCUGGGGCAGAACUGCCUGUUCCCCAGCUUGGAUGGGGGGACGCGGGGGAGCGGGGGCCACGUGGAGAACAAUGUGGUGURGGAGCUGCCCCGCAGGCCCAAAGGGGACAGAGGAAAGUCUAGUACCAUGGACCAGAGCCUCUGAGCUGCAGAGGGACAUCCAGGGACAUCCAGAGAGACACGGACUAGCCGUGUGAGGAAGCCGGAGAAAGACAAAGUAAUAGAGAGAUAGAAAGAGAGAGAAAGAAAGAAAGAAAGAAAGGGAAGGAAAGAGAGGCACACUGUGCCGAGUCCCUUUACAAACUAACAGAAAGGGCCAGGAAAUGAGAGAGAUUCAGGGCAGAGUUUGGGCUGUGGUGUGGUGUUGAAUACUCUGGGAAAAGACUUGUAGAAUAGAUCGAGAACACCACUCUCCCUCCCUAUUAGCCACAGUACACUAGCUACCACAAAACUGGGCAGAGCACUCCCAGUGACCCAUCUGAGCAGGGGCCCCACAGGGAGAUGUGGGAGUAGGUCAAAGGUCAACGCAGAGCAUGCUGGGAGGGGAAUUGGUCUGUUGGUUGGUUGGGGCUGUGGUGGUUCAGGUCAAUUCAUUGGCUCUGGGGUAGGGGGA